UGCGCGCGGAGCCGCCAUGCUGCGGGCGGUCGGGCUGCUGGGGCUGGUGCUGCCGGGGCUGGCGGCGCUGGAGCCGCUCAGCGUGGGGCUGGCUAUCGGCGUCGCCUCGGCCCUCACCGGUUACCUGUCGCAUCCCAGCUUCUACUGCAGCUACGUGGAGUGCUGCCCCAGCGCCGGGCAGCGUCUCAACGCCACCACGCUGAAGGGGCAGCUGGACACGAAGCUCUUCGGGCAGCACUUGGCCAAGGACGUGGUGCUGAAGGCGGUGAUGGGCUUCAGCAACAACCCCAGCCCCAAGAAGCCGCUGACGCUCUCGCUCCACGGCUGGGCCGGCACCGGCAAGAACUUCCUCAGCCAGAUCCUGGCGGAGAACGUCCACCCCGCCGGCCUGCGCAGCAAGUUCGUCCAUCUUUUCCUGGCCACCCUGCAUUUCCCCCACCACGACCAAGUCAAGCUGUACAAGGAACAAUUGCAGAACUGGAUUCGGGGCAAUGUCAGUGCCUGUCCCCAUUCCAUCUUCAUUUUUGAUGAGAUGGACAAAAUGCAUCCAGGUCUCAUUGAUGCCAUCAAGCCAUUCUUAGACUAUUACGAACAGGUUGAUGGGGUGUCCUACAGGAAAGCCAUCUUCAUCUUCCUCAGCAAUGCAGGUGGUGACUUAAUUAAUAAAGCAACUCUUGACUUCUGGACAAGUGGAAAGCACAGGGAAGAAAUUCAGCUGAAAGACCUGGAGCCCAUGCUAUCUGUAGGAGUCUUCAAUAACAAGAAUAGUGGACUGUGGCACAGCAGCCUCAUCGACAGGAACCUCAUUGACUACUUUGUCCCCUUCCUGCCCCUGGAGCACAAGCAUGUGAAGAUGUGCAUCAGGGCUGAAAUGAUAGCCCGUGGCCAUGCUGUCAAUGAGAAAGUUGUUCAAGCAGUGGCUGAUGAGAUGACGUUCUUCCCAAAAGAGCAGAAAAUCUACUCUGAUAAAGGCUGCAAGACUGUACAGGCCAAGCUGGAUAUCCAUGAAGAUGCUGCAAUGAGAGAUACAAAAGCCAAGGGUUGAUUACCCGUCAGGUCUCCAAAGCACUUUCAGAGCUUUUGCAAAUCUGUGUAUUUGCACUUAAGCUUGUUUACUGUUGCAGGGAAUAUGGUGAAAACACCAGAGUGAGCUCUGUGGGCUUUUUACCGUUUUGGUUUUUUAACUUAACAUCCCAGUGUUCAUCUCUGAACUGUCUGGUAUCCAAAUGUUGCCCCCUUUAUUUUUCUUUUAACCUAUAGAGAAUUUCUGAGCAUGACACACAUAUAGCACUAGAUACAGCCUCUCCUGCUUUAUUCUUCCAAGUGCUGGGAUUAUUAAGUACUUAAUUCCUCUUUCCACAAUAACUAGACUAGAGCAAAGGAAAACGGAGGAAUUCUUCCAGGUGGUCAUGUUCCCUUCCUUGUGCAGGGUCUCGUUCAUGGGCUAGUGAAAUGAAGGGAUGUGUGGUGUGUUCAGGACUAUUAAGUGUCUGCACAGGGUAUUCCCCGAUGAGUUGCAGUAAGAAGAUGGGAUGGCAGAAGGCUCUCUGUCCUUCACAGCAGGUUGUUGCUGUUGUGGCUUAUACAGAUGAGCGUCAGCUAUUCAGGGACAGAAGAGCGACAUUAUGGUUUAUGUCUGAACUGUGGCAUCAUACCACAUCUGCUGCAGUAAUAUGGAAAGUCAUGAUGAGCUCCAGGAAAUCUGUUACUAAAUAGUAGAGAAAGGGUGUGGGGGGAAGUAACUGCUUGCUCCUGUGCUGCUUUGGGGAAAAAGAAAUUCUAAAAGAAAACUUAUAUUCUUCUAACUAAGGGGGCUAAGUGAAUUUGUGUAAUUCCAGGUCUUCCUAAGCAGAGGGACCCAUCUGAGGGAUCUGAGAGUUACAACAUACUAGGCCAGUCGCCUGUUCUUAAUCAGAAAAAUCUCUUAUGAGAAUCUGACUGCUAUAGCUCGUCAGGUUAGUCUGCAUUUGGGCUCCUGGGCCAGAAGUCUGCAAGGUCUUUAGUAGUUCCUCCCAGCUGCAGCCAAUAGACUAGGAGUGGGUAAUGCUACUCUCACCUCGCUUGGAAGACACUUUCAUGGCAGAAGUUAUUUUUAAUAGUGUAUUUUUAUACUGAAGUGUAAGCAACAGCAAUACAAAGCUCUUCCUGGAGAGCCACAGAUAAGGGAGUAUGGGAAAUAGGAGCAAACCUCAGUGGUAAGUAUGUUUUGUGAUAUUUUUUAGCAGUAAAGAAUGUCCGUGUGGAAGGGUGAGUGAUGAGUUAGGAAGCUGGGAAAGAUUGAUUUAACCUUCACCCACUGACAAGGAUUGUGUUGCAAGCUUUAACUCUUUAAUCAUCCAUCACUUGUGGGUCAAAAAUUGUAGUGCAAGUCAGAAGUGCCUAUCACUUGGUUGAUUGUAGUGUGUUUUUUAAACUAGUAAAAGGGUUUGGGCUAUUUUUGUGCUGCAGCAUCUACUUCCUCACUUGUACUUAAGCUUGCUUUAAGAUGUGAUGCAAGACUUAGUGUUGAGAUCUAUAUUAUGUUAACUCAAAUUACAACAGAGAUAUUAACAUUUAUGUUAAACUCUAAAUUAAAAGUGUCAAAUGCUUUUUACAACCCCAUGCAGAGGUUGUCAAAUGCUGGCAAACUUCAAGCUGAUGCAAUCUCCAGAGCCAAAUGCUAGCUAGCCAUUAACCUUGGGACAUUGGACUGUUGCUUUUCGUGUGUGUUUUGUCUAUUAACUGAUUUAUUCAUAGGUGUACAUGCUGCAUCCAGCUUCAGUUACUCCAAACAAAAUACUUGUGCAAUUUCAAAACACUAAGUAUUACUACUGUACUACAGCCCGAAUAAAUUUUAAGUCACUUUUC